AUGUGCGGGAUCUUAGGUAUAGCAUUGGCUGAUGAAUCUCUACCAGUAGCACCAGAGCUAUGCGAGGGAUGUUUCUAUUUGCAGCAUAGAGGUCAGGAUGCUGCUGGUAUUGCCACUAGUGGUCCAAGGGGUAGAAUCUACCAGUGUAAAGGUAAUGGUAUGGUACGUGAUGUCUUCACUGAGAGAAGGAUUUACGGGUUACAAGGUUCUAUGGGUAUUACCCAUUUACGUUAUCCUACUGCUGGGUCAUCAGCUAACUCUGAGGCGCAACCAUUCUACGUAAACAGUCCUUACGGUGUCAUGAUGGCUCAUAAUGGUAACUUAGUCAACACUGUUUCUUUGAAGCGCUAUAUGGAUGAGGAUGUGCACAGGCAUAUCAAUACCGAUAGUGAUUCCGAAUUACUGUUAAACAUCUUUGCAGCUGAGUUGGAAAAACGUAAUAAGUACCGUGUGAACAACGAAGAUGUGUUCCAUGCUUUGGAGGGUUUAUUCCGUCUGUGUCGUGGUGGGUAUGCAUGUGUUGGGAUGCUUGCAGGUUUUGCACUUCUUGGAUUCAGAGAUCCCAAUGGUAUUAGACCGCUGUUAUUCGGUGAACGUCUAAAUGCAAAUGGUCAAAAGGAUUACAUGUUGGCAUCCGAAAGUGUUGUUUUAAAAGCUCAUAAUUUUACCACUUACCGUGACUUGAAACCUGGUGAAGCUGUCAUCAUACCCAAAAACUGCGCUACUGAGAAGCCGGAAUUCAGACAAGUAGCACCAAUGAAUUCUUAUAGACCUGAUCUUUUUGAAUAUGUUUAUUUUGCACGUCCUGAUAGCGUUUUAGAUGGUAUUUCCGUUUAUCAUACAAGAUUACAAAUGGGUACCAAAUUGGCCGAAAAGAUAAAGAAACAAAUUGACACUAGUGAUAUUGAUGUUGUCAUGCCUGUUCCUGAUACGGCAAGAACUUGUGCACUACAACUGGCAAGUUCUUUGGAUAAACCAUACCGUGAAGGUUUUGUUAAGAACAGAUACGUCGGGAGAACUUUUAUCAUGCCUAACCAAAAGGAACGUGUAUCAUCAGUGAGACGUAAAUUAAAUCCGAUGACUUCUGAGUUUGAGGGUAAAAGCGUGCUGAUCGUAGACGAUUCUAUCGUUAGAGGUACAACAUCUUUUGAAAUCGUUAAUAUGGCCAAAGAAUCAGGUGCUACUAAAGUUUAUUUUGCAUCCGCAGCUCCUGCAAUUCGUUAUAACCACAUUUACGGUAUUGAUCUAACGGAUAGUAAAAACUUAAUUGCAUACAAUAGAACAGAUGAUCAAGUGGCAGAAGCACUAGGUUGUGAUAAAGUGUUCUAUCAAUCCUUAGAAGAUUUGAUCGAUUGUUGUAAAACGGAGAACGUUCAAAAAUUUGAAAUGGGUGUCUUUACUGGAAACUACGUGACGGGUGUUGAAGAUGGAUAUUUACAAGAAUUAGAAAGAGUUCGUGCCUUGAAUAAAUCUAAGUCUGAAACUAAAGCAGACGUGGAUAUCAACUUGUACAAUGAAGGGGACUAUUAG